GCACGCCAGUGAUCGAGGCAUUAAAAUGAUAAUCCACAUGGCCUGUGCGACUAUCCCCAGCGGUCCUACCUAGCUCAGCUCACAUUCCUAAUCGAUCUUGAUACUUUGGCAGCUACCUAGCGGCAUUCCUAAAUUCACAGAUCAGGCUCAGCUCUUGCUUUCAAAAUUUACUAUCACCUGGAUAAAAUUCGAGCAAGCCAAAAGCACAAAGAAAUAGUCUGUCGAGCGGCAGGGAAUUCCCCUUCGCACGUUUUUUCGGAGGUAAAGCGCCAGCUAGCGUUGUCAUCACAGAUCAAAAUGGCAGCGUCAACAGCACAGAAGGUUCAGGAGGUUCGUGAGGUGACAAGGAUCGAGCGGAUAGGAGCGCAUUCUCACAUCAGGGGUCUUGGUCUAGACGAUGCCUUGGAAGCAAGGAAUGUGUCCCAGGGUAUGGUGGGCCAGACGGCGGCCAGGAGAGCCGCAGGAGUCAUCCUGGAGAUGAUCAAGGAGGGUAAAAUUGCAGGACGAGCUGUUCUUAUUGCUGGUCAACCAGGUACUGGUAAAACAGCUAUAGCCAUGGGUAUGGCUCAAGCACUCGGUCAGGACACGCCAUUCACAGCUAUAGCCGGCAGUGAAAUCUUCUCACUUGAAAUGAGUAAAACAGAGGCUCUCACACAGGCUUUCAGGAGAUCCAUUGGCAUCAGGAUAAAAGAGGAGACCGAGAUCAUUGAAGGAGAGGUAGUCGAAAUUCAGAUUGAUAGACCAGCCACAGGAACGGGUGCCAAGGUUGGGAAGUUAACUCUCAAGACGACAGAGAUGGAAACAGUUUAUGAUCUUGGAACCAAGAUGAUUGAAUCACUCACAAAAGAAAAGGUCCAAGCAGGUGACAUCAUCACAAUAGACAAGGCUACAGGUAAAAUCAACAAACUUGGAAGGUCAUUUACGAGAGCCAGGGAUUAUGAUGCCAUGGGACCUCAGACCAAGUUCGUCCAGUGUCCCGAGGGUGAACUUCAGAAGAGGAAAGAGGUUGUUCACACGGUGACGUUACAUGAGAUAGACGUUAUUAAUAGCCGCACGCAGGGAUUCCUUGCUCUGUUCUCAGGAGAUACUGGUGAGAUCAAACCAGAGGUCCGAGAGCAGAUCAAUGCUAAGGUUGCUGAAUGGAGAGAAGAAGGGAAAGCGGACAUUGUACCAGGGGUUCUAUUUAUCGAUGAAGUCCAUAUGUUGGACAUUGAAAGUUUCUCCUUCUUGAAUCGAGCGUUGGAAGACGACAUGGCCCCAGUUCUUAUCAUGGCCACAAAUAGAGGUAUCACAAGAAUUCGAGGCACCAGCUACCAGAGUCCACAUGGAAUCCCGCUAGACUUGCUGGACAGGCUUCUCAUCAUCUCUACAUCAACGUACAGUGAGAAGGAGAUGAGACAGAUCUUAAACAUCAGAUGUGAAGAGGAGGAUGUCGAGAUGUCCGAUGAUGCGUUGACCGUCCUAACAAGGAUUGGGCUUGAGACGUCGUUGAGAUACGCUAUUCAGCUUAUCACCGCAGCAAACCUAGUCUCAAGGAAAAGAAAGGGUACUGAGGUAGAAGUAGACGACAUCAAGCGUGUGUAUUCACUGUUCUUGGAUGAAUCAAGAUCGACGCAGUUCUUGAAAGAAUAUCAGCAGGACUUCAUGUUUAAUGAGAUGGACCCAGCUGGAGAUAACGAUGACGAGAUGGAAACAUGAGAAUAUCUAUUCAGUCCCCUCCUUUUGUCUGCAAUCAUCUAUUUAUUCUCUUCAUGCUUGGAGAAUCAUCUCGCGGAAAAAAAUCCUUAAACCCUCAUCCACAUUGCUACCCAGGGAAGCUAUGAAGUUGUAAAAACCACAAAUUUCUUGGGCAGGAAAUAUUUUGUGACAAAUAAGUUUGUGACUUCUGGGGCCCGUAACACAAAGCUUAGCGAAGAAUAGGAAAUAUGAAAGAACACUUCUGAUUGGUUCCUAGCCGGCACUUUGAACCAAAUGCACAUGAAACAUUGAUCUUGAUUGGUCUGUCGAUUUCGCGAUUGAUCGCUUACCUUUGUGUUACGGACCCCUGAAAAGUGACGUUUUUCUGUGGUGGAAUUAUUGCUUGAAUCUGUUCAUGUAAGGACCAUUCAAGUACGUGAUGUUUUUUUAGCUUUCAUUUAGACUCUUGUUUAGUAGAAGAGCAAUUCCGUAAAAUAAUAUUUUAGUAUGUCUGACCUCCAUUUUCCUCAAUUCCUUCUUCUCUUAAAGGCCAAGUCCAGAAAAUUGUUGAUUUGAAUCGAUAGAGAAAAAUAAAACAAACAUAACGCUGCGAAUUUCAUCAAAAUGGGAUGUAAAAUAAGAAAGUUAUGACGUUUUUAAGUUUCGCUUAUUUUUCACAAAACAGUUCAACGCACAACUCCGUGAUAUGCAAAUGAGAGAGUCUAUGAUGUUUAUCACUCACUAUUUCUUUUGUUUUUUAUUGUUUGAAUAAUACAAUAUUUCAAUUUUUACAGAUUUGACAAAAGAAGGACCAACUUAUCAGGGAGUAAUGAAAUUUUGUUUCACAUGAUAAUGGGGAGAAAAUUAGAAUUUUUCAUAUUUCAUAUAAUAAAAUACAAAAGAAAUAGUGAGUGGUUGACGUCAUCAGUCUGCCAAUUUGCAUACCGUACAGGAUGUGUAGAUAACUGUUUUUGUGAAAUUAAGCAAAAGUUUAAAAUGUCAGAACUUUCUUAUUUUACAUCCGAUUUUGAUGAAAUUUUCAGUGUUUUGCUUGUUGGAUUUUUCUCCUUUUAUUCAAAUUAACUUUUUGGUGGGGUGGACUUGUCCUUUAAGGAAUACUCAAGCCAAGAUAAUUUGAGAGCAUUACACCUUUUAUGAAGCACAAAAUGGAGACGAAUACUUAAUGGAAUUGUCCUGAGGAAGUUAGUGCAAGGCCAAUGCUUUCAUACAUGUAGUUGGAUUUACUUUCAGAGACCCCCUCCCUGUUUUUAAGACUUGUUCAGACAUCUGCUGACAAACUCCCACAAUAAUCCAAACAAGAUUUUUGUUCAAUGCAUUUUCAUGGCAAGAAAAUUUUAAUGACUAGGGCAGAAGUGCCAACCAUUCACUUUGUGGCAUAUUUCUUUUUAUUUUGCUAUGAAAAUGCAUUUCCCUUUUUGCAUAACAAUCUUCCAAGUUCUUAUCAGAGAGGUUUUGUCCAAAGCAAUGGAGUAUAUGGAUGCAAGAAUGAUCCAAGUUCAGCUCUUGGCCAAAUUACUCAUACAUGAGCCCAUCCGAUGUGUAAAUUGUAUCCCAGAAUAUGAAAGGAAACCGACACAAUCAUUGGACAUUGCACAAAACCCUUUUUUUUUUUCUUGAUUUAUUAAAAAUGAAUUAGUCUUUUUUGCAUUCAUGUACUCGAUUAUGCAAAAUUAUGUUUAUUUACAAGAAUGAUAAUUUUUCUAGCCUUGAUGCUUUGUGCGUGUUCACAUACAGGAAUAGAAAAUAUAGUUUGAAUUUAAAGUGCUUUUUUGAAAUCAUGUCAUUGCCUCUUCUCACGAAAGUAGACAAUAUCUUGCAAAUAUGACACCAAAUCAUCGAUAUCCAUAGGCUGGAUAGAGCUAGAACGCUCACUUUUGAGGCCCCAAAAAGUUCCCCAAAAUGCUACACUUUUUUCCCAUGCUUGUGCAAACGAUUAUUUUUGUCUUCACAUGUAAUUUGUACUACAUGAAAUCCAUAUACUUCUUUGCUAGCAUUGUGAAAAAUAAUUGUAUAUUAUUGUCUUUUGCAGUUUUCUUUGCAUUCCAUGGUAAUAAAAUGUGCAUAUCAAUUUGUUAA